AUGGGCUUCGUUGUUGUCCCCGCCACUCUCCCCGAUAUCCGAGCCAUCUACGAUGUCUGGUUUGCGGCUUUCAAAGGCCAAUUGAUCCUGGACCUCAUCUACCCAGGAACCGAUCUCAACGAUGAGGCUUUCCGCAAAGUUCACACCGAAGGAACUCUUGGAUACUGGAAAGGGUUGAGCAUGGAGCACACCUUCCAGUGCAUUGACACCGACACUAGUAAAAUCGCCGGUAUGGCAACAUGGCAAGUCUACUGGCGGGGAAGGUCCGACGAAGAGCGUCAGAAGCCCUGGAUUGGAUGGUUAGAGGGUGAAAAUCGAGCGCGUGCCGAGGGCUUUUUGGAACAGCUUUGGGAAAAGAGGGAGAAGUGGAUUGGGCCCAAGAGGCACGUGUACUGUCACACAGUUGCAGUGCAUCCAGACUACCAGGGUAAAGGUAUCGGAGCACAGCUUAUGCAAUGGGGAAUGAAUGUAGCAGAGCAGCUGAAUUUGCCGGUUUACCUUGAGUCAACAGUGGAGGGAGUCCCAUUGUACCAGAAGCUUGGCUUCCAGACUCUCUCCGAGGACGUUCUGUUUAAGCCUGAGAUUACCAGGUCGGACAAAGAAGUUCGAGCACCACUCAUGGUGAAAAUGCCCACAGCUGCAGGAAACACAACAUUCGAGGAAUGGGCGGCGGACAAAAGUUCAUCUGUGUAA